AUGGCUAAUGGUGAAGGCAUGGUUUAUGUGGCUAUGAAUUACCGCCUCGGCGUAUUUGGCGGGAUAUCUGGACCAAGUCUAUCAGCCAGCCAAAGCUUAGCGUUACAAUGGGUACAGGAAAACAUCCACCUUUUCGGCGGCGACCCGAACCGAGUAACAGUAAUGGGGGACUCGGCCGGCGCAGGCUCCGUCGUGCUCCAAAUAACAGCCUAUGGGGGCACCAAGGACCCGUACUGUUCUAACAAUCCAUAA